AUGACGGAGCGGAGCGAUGAGAGGACGUCGCGAGACGGGGGGAGCCAGUGGAACGAAACAUUCUCGUGCGGGAGCCGCGGAGUGGAUCGUGAACAUCGCGGCGGCGGCGGCGGCUCGGAGGUGGCUCUGAGCUCGGCCUGGGAGCGAUGCCCGGGCCACGGGGCCUCUGCUGUCAGCGGGCAGUGCCCUCACGGUGCCCACCAGCGGGCAGCGCCCUCACGGUGCCCACCAGCGGGCAGUGCCCUCACGGUGCCCACCAGCGGGCAGUGCCCUCACGGUGCCCACCAGCGGGCAGCGCCCUCACGGUGCCCACCAGCGGGCAGCGCCCUCACGGUGCCACCAGCGGGCAGCGCCCUCACGGUGCCCACCAGCGGGCAGCGCCCUCACGGUGCCCACCAGCGGGCAGUGCCCUCACGGUGCCCACCAGUGGGCAGCGCCCUCACGGUGCCCACCAGCGGGCAGCGCCCUCACGGUGCCCACCAGCGGGCAGCGCCCUCACGGUGCCCACCAGCGGGCAGUGCCCUCACGGUGCCACCAGCGGGCAGUGCCCUCACGGUGCCCACCAGCGGGCAGCGCCCUCACGGUGCCCACCAGCGGGCAGUGCCCUCACGGUGCCACCAGCGGGCAGUGCCCUCACGGUGCCCACCAGCGGGCAGCGCCCUCACGGUGCCCACCAGCGGGCAGUGCCCUCACGGUGCCCACCAGCGGGCAGUGCCCUCACGGUGCCCACCAGCGGGCAGUGCCCUCACGGUGCCACCAGCGGGCAGUGCCCUCACGGUGCCCACCAGCGGGCAGUGCCCUCACGGUGCCCACCAGCGGGCAGCGCCCUCACGGUGCCCACCAGCGGGCAGUGCCCUCACGGUGCCCACCAGCGGGCAGCGCCCUCACGGUGCCCACCAGCGGGCAGCGCCCUCACGGUGCCACCAGCGGGCAGCGCCCUCACGGUGCCCACCAGCGGGCAGCGCCCUCACGGUGCCACCAGCGGGCAGCGCCCUCACGGUGCCACCAGCGGGCAGCGCCCUCACGGUGCCCACCAGCGGGCAGUGCCCUCACGGUGCCCACCAGCGGGCAGCGCCCUCACGGUGCCACCAGCGGGCAGUGCCCUCACGGUGCCCACCAGCGGGCAGUGCCCUCACGGUGCCCACCAGCGGGCAGCGCCCUCACGGUGCCCACCAGCGGGCAGCGCCCUCACGGUGCCCACCAGCGGGCAGCGCCCUCACGGUGCCCACCAGCGGGCAGUGCCCUCACGGUGCCACCAGCGGGCAGUGCCCUCACGGUGCCACCAGCGGGCAGCGCCCUCACGGUGCCCACCAGCGGGCAGCGCCCUCACGGUGCCCACCAGCGGGCAGCGCCCUCACGGUGCCCACCAGCGGGCAGCGCCCUCACGGUGCCCACCAGCGGGCAGUGCCCUCACGGUGCCACCAGCGGGCAGUGCCCUCACGGUGCCCACCAGCGGGCAGCGCCCUCACGGUGCCCACCAGCGGGCAGUGCCCUCACGGUGCCACCAGCGGGCAGUGCCCUCACGGUGCCCACCAGCGGGCAGCGCCCUCACGGUGCCCACCAGCGGGCAGUGCCCUCACGGUGCCAGCAGCGGGCAGCGCCCUCACGGUGCCCACCAGCGGGCAGCGCCCUCACGGUGCCACCAGCGGGCAGCGCGUGCCACGUCUCCACUUUCAUUCCUCGCCACCGCCGGCGUUGGCACAAGCCCAGCCGGGGGAGUCCUCUGUACAAGGAGAGGGCACCGAGGCUAUGCCGAUCCCAUCACUGCUGCCUACACGGCGUGUCUCGCCCGCCGACGUCGACCGUGACCUCCCAGAGGUGACUCGCGGUGCAGGGCGGACAGAAGGGGGCCGGGGACCGGCGCUGGAGAUCGAACUCAGGUCGGUGGGCUCGCGGCAGAUGGAGUCCGCCCGGAACAAGCUUCUGGAGCAGGCCAGGUAUUCUGAUGGUAUUCUGAUGGUAUUCUGA